AUGGAGAUCAGCCUUCGUUCCAUCGCUUACUUGGCUUGCGGUCUGCUGGCCCUGCUCGCGACGGCUGUGCUCCCUUCGGCGACCUUGUGCAAGCUGGAGGUCUGGCCCACGAAGCUGAGCAUCCCAAGGGCCUCCCUGGCGGCCCUGCAGGAUGAUGCGUCUUCCUUAUGCGAUGAGCACUGGACUUGGUCUGGUGUUGCGAGGUUUUGGCACGAGAAGAGCUCCAAGACAGGGCGAGUGAAGUGGAGCAUUCAGCGAUCGGGAGCCCCUGCGGCGGGAGGCACGGUCACCGCAGAGUCGUCUCUUGGGGUCCUUUGCAGCCACGGAAGCUUUGCGCCAAACUCUGCAGUCGUGGUGGUGCAGAGCCCAGAUCGCUUUAGCCCGAACUUGUGGCAUCGCAUGGCUGUGGUGUUUGAGGCCUGGGUGGUACCCAGAGUUCUGCAGCUGAAGGAGAAGCUCCCAGGGGAGGUCAGUAUUUCGUACCGCGUGCCGCACCUGAAAAACAUCACGGUGGAGACUGACCCUGGCCCUUUUCCUUGGCAGCUGCUGGGCCCGAUCGCUCCAAAGGACUGUGGCUACGAGCAUCGCAUCCUUGCUCCGUCGAACGGUUUCCUGUGGGACUUGGCAUGGGAUCUACCGAUGAAGUGUGCGCAUGCAUCCAACCUCUGGCGGUCAUUCCAGUCAGCACUCUAUGCUGGUGUCGGCCUCGACCCGGAGAUGAAUUUCGGAGGCAGUAGAGUCUGCUAUGUGGGCAGGCCUGGAAAAUCGACCCGGCAGCUGAGUGACAAGAGCUUCCGCGCACUGAAGGAGGCCGCCGAGGGAAUGAUGCUGGAUGGCCAAACCUUGGUCUUCCGCUCCUUGGGUUUCAAUGCCUCGGUGCCCAUCCAACAGCAAGCCAAGAUGGUGAGCGACUGCGACAUCCUGGUCGGAAUGCACGGAGCCGGCAUGAUGCAUUCGAUUUGGAUGUAUCCUGGCAGCGUCGUCGUUGAGAUUAUGGACCAGGAGCACGAAAGAAGCGCCUACUACCGAAACAUCGCACACCUGUCUGGACAUGUCUACCUCAGGCAUAACCAGAGAGAGCUGGGAGAGACGCCCGAUGUUUUCUGGCAUCUGAUGAUAAGUGCCACCGAGAUCAUCUCGAACAAGGCGAAUCACUCUCGGCACGCGAGCUUCAGAAAGUCACCAGUGACCAUGUGCUCAGCUUGA